AUGGGGACCUGCUGCAGUUGUCUGUGCAGAGACAGCAUCCCAGACAACCAUCCCACCAAAUUUAAGGUAACGAACGUGGACGAUGAAGGUAACGAGCUGGGAUCUGGGAUCAUGGAGCUGACACAGACGGAGCUCAUCUUGCACACUCACAAGCGAGACGCUGUCAGGUGGCCCUACCUCUGCCUGCGCCGCUAUGGCUAUAAAGCAGGAUUGCUUUCUUGCUUUUCUGACCCUCCUCUUCGUUACCGUGCAGGGAUUUUUGCCUUCAAGUGUUCCAGAGCAGAGGAGAUCUUUAAUCUGCUGCAGGACCUGAUGCAGUGUAACAGCAUCAACGUAGUGGAAGAGCCUGUUGUCAUCACCAGGAACAGUCAUCCCACGGAGCGGGAGCUCUCCCGGACCCCCCAGGCACCCAACAGUCUGGGGUACACCAUCCCAGGACUUCCCAACGGAUUCCACAGCUUCCCUGGAGAAACCCUGUCUUACUCGGCAGCCCGCCACCCCUCCGUGAGCAGCCUGAGGCAUUCCUCUGUGGGUGAAGACUCUACUCAUGCCCUUAUCGGGCCUGAUGAGCAGUCUCACACCUACGUCAACACGGCCAAUGGUGAUCAGGAGCUGAGGGGCCGACACUGUAUGCACUCCUUGCCUGAAGUCCACCCUCCUUUCCCCCAUAGGAACCACAGCUGCUCCCUUGAAGACCGCAACCCCCAGGUCUUUCUGCAGCCAGGGGAGGUUAAGUUCGUGUUGGGUCCCACGUCCAACUACAGACGCGUCUGUCGGCAUCCCCGGGAGGGCGGGACGCCCUUCU